AUUACCUUCCAUUUAGACCCAAUACUCCACUGCCGAGCGAAGCUACCUACAUCUCCCCCUCUCUGCUGCAGAAACACUUGAGAAGGGGGUGCGGCUCAGAUACGAAAUCUACAGCCUCUCUUUUACAGUCUUGCCGACGAAUAGAAUUUUGUUGAAUAUUUGAAAGAGAAGCUCAUAGUAUGAGGUAUCUGCUACAAUCAUGGCUCCUCCAUUUGUAAUAGCUGCUCCGACAACGACAAUUGAGUGGUCUAGCUGCUAAUGAUGCUUCCCCAGUUCCCCCGUCAUGGAAGAGAAAUCAGAGCUAUCGAUCAUGUGCCUAGCAAUUCGGUAAUUUCAAUGAUUACAAUUUACAACGGUAAGGUCAUUGACGAACAAUUUUCUGAAAUCAAAUCAUCUCUUCCCUUUCGUUCAUAUAUUUCCUAUGCUUUUAGUAAUUAUCGAUCAUCUAUUUAUUUUAAGUCACCUAAGUUUCAUGGGCAACCUCUAAAUUUUAUUAGUACUUCUCUGAUGCUUAUAUGUUUUUCUUCUCCAUAUGGUAAUCAUAGGGAAUGUAAAGCUAUCUCCUGUUCAAGUAAUUAAAUGUCUCUGAAAUUGACACCAUAUGGAUUCUCUUCUAGGGUUGAUAUAAUUAGCAAUUUCUUUGAUAUAAUUAACAAUUGUUUCUCCUGGUGCAUAAUUAUUUACUAUGAUUUAUCAUGGUUUUUAUUUCUGCUGUUCAGCCUAGGUGGGCGAAUUGUACCAAGAUUUCAGAAGUUAACCCCAUAUAAACUUGGCAGGGUAGUGUUAUUCUCUGUUUUAUUGUGCCGUGCUUGUUUAUGGUUCAUAUUGUGGAAUAAUGGGAAAGGUUACCCUCAAUGGGAGCCCUGGCAGAUAUAUUUAUACAGUGAAAGUUACCAAAAAAUACAAAUUAUACCUAAUUUAAUAUUAGGCUAUUACACCCCCUCAAACUGUGCGGGAGAUACAACGCGCAUGUUGUCUUUUAAAAAAUGAAAUUGCUGACUAGAAAGACUUUUGGUAAAUAUAUCCGCCAGCUGAAGACUAGUAGGCACAUAUUUAACCACAAGAUCACUAUGAGCCACACGUUCACGAACAAAGUGAUAGUCAAUCUGGAUAUGCUUACUGCGAGCAUGCUGAACAUGAUUUGUUGUCAAAUUGGAAGCAGAGAUGUUGUCGCAGAACAGAUGUACCGGUGUCGUGACAGGAAAACCAAGCUCGAACAGGAUUGACCGGGUAUGUAGUGUGUCUUGGACUGUGUAGGCAAUGGCACAGUACUCUGCUUCUGUAGAGGAUUUGGAAACAGUAGGGAUGUUUUUACUUGGACUGUAAUUUGUUGAUCUGGUCUGAUCUGGUCUGGUCUGAAUUGGUCUGGUCUGGUCUGGUUUCUUUGUAUUUUUAUAACUAUCCAAGUCUAGUCUGGUCUGAACUGGUUUGGUCUGAUAUGGUCUGGUCUGAUCUGGUCUGGUCUGGGACGAAUUACAAUCCAAGUAAAAACAUCCUAGGUUGCUUUUUGGACUUCCAAGACACAAGAUUGGCCCCACGGAAAAAGGCAUAACCGGUGGUGGAACGAGAAGUAUCUGGGUAGCCUGCCCAAUCCGCAUCAGAGUAUGUCAGGAUACAAGUAGCCUUAGGUGUAGGCUGAAGCCACACACCAUGAUCAGUAGUACCAUGCAAAUAUCAAAAAAUCCUCUUGACAGCAAAAAGGUGAGUGGUGCGAGGGGCAUGCAUAAACUGAGAGACUAAAUGCACGGCAUAAGUAAUGUCAGGUCUUGUCAAAGUUAAAUACUGUAAUGCACCUACCAUAUUAAUAUUAUAAUUUUAAGUGAUAUAAUAGAAAUUGUAAAAAAUGUAGAAAAAGUGUAUCACAAUGCUAAUAAUAAUCCCAAC